AUGCUGGCGCUCGUACUACUCUUGCUCGCGUGCUCGGCGGUCGCCGCCAAGGACGGCGCCCACGCCCACGCCAUCGAGGCCCUCCCCGGCUACGACGACGCCAAGCCCAUCAACUUUAACCAGUACGCCGGCCACCUCGUGCUGCCGUCGAACGGCCAAAAGAUGUUUUACUGGUUCGUCGAGUCCGAGUCCAACCCCGAGGUCGACCCGCUCGUGCUCUGGCUCAACGGCGGCCCCGGCUGCUCGUCGCUCGGCGGCUUCUUCACCGAGCUCGGGCCGUUCGUCGUCGAGAGCGACCUCAGCGUCAAGCGCAACCCGUACGCGUGGAACCGCAAGACCAACAUGCUCUUCCUCGAGUCGCCGGCCGGCGUCGGCUUUAGCCACCCGCUGCUCAACGCGACCGACUACAACGACGUGACGACGGCCGACCGCGCGCACGAGUUCCUCCGUCUCUUCUUUGCCGAGUACAGCGAGUUCAAGAACCGGCCGCUGUACAUCACCGGCGAGAGCUACGCGGGGCAGUACAUCCCGUACCUUGUCGCCAAGCUGCUCGAGUCGCCGCUCGAUGGCGUCAACCUCGAGGGCAUGGCGAUCGGGAACCCCGUCACGGACGACGUCAUUGACGGCAACGCGUACAUGGAGUACUACUACACGCACGGCAUGAUCUCGAUCGAGACGUACGACGAGCUCCGGUCGGUCUGCAAGAACGACGUCGGCAAGUACGCGGGCUUGUACGCUGAUACGCCGUGCCUCAAGAACCCCAACGUCACGUGCUCGAACGCGUGCGAGAGCCUCGUCCGCGACGCGAUCGCAUCCGUGCAGACUGACAACCUCAACCCCUACUACAUCUACGGCGACGUGUGUCUUCUGCAAAACAGCCAAGUCGGCGCGCUCCAGUACCGCAAGAUCCCGAGCGGCCACCGCGGACCGUACGCGCCGUGCACGGACAAGUUUACGGAAAAGUACCUCCGCCAACCCAGUGUGCAAGCAGCGAUCCAUGUCUACGGCGGCGUCGUGCCGUGGACCGACUGCAACGAGCAGAUCGCGGGCAUGUACACUCGGAGCACGUCGGCGCUGCCGCUGUACCCGCGCAUCCUCGCGACGGACCUCAAGACGCUCAUCUACAGCGGCGACGCCGACUCGGUCGUCAACUUUAUCGGGACCGAGCGCUGGAUCUCGCGCCAAGGUCUUCGCCUCAACGUGCUCAAGAAGUGGCAUGCGUGGUUUGGCCCGGACAAGCAGCUCGCGGGCUACACGCAGCAGUACGACGGACUCACGUUUGCAACCGUGAAAGGCGCGGGCCACAUGGUCCCCGCAACGCGGCCGCUGCACGCGCUGUACCUCUUCGAGUGCUUUGUGUUUGGCGACGACGUCUGCCGCGGUUUUGAGUAUCCCAAGGACAACCUCGAGUACCUCAGCGGCGAAGACGUCUCGGUCGACACGUCCGAGGCGUCGCUCAUGUCGACCGCAGUGCGCCGCACGGUGCACGCGUACGUCGACGAGGGCUCGCGCUUCGGCAGUCUACUCGUGCUCGCCGCCGUCACUCUCGUCGUCUUUGUCGCGAUCAAGCACUGGCGCCGCGACGCCAAGAGCCCCGACUACUACGCGCACUUGACGGCCACGAACGUGCCCAAGUACGGCGACGAUUGCUCGUGCAGCAGCCCGUGA